AUGCAGUCGUAUCAAGUCAAGUCUCAGUUGCAGGGAAAUGACGGUGGGGUCAUCUUCUGGAGUUGUAUAACAGCGGAGGGGCCUGGUUAUGGUACUACCAUUAUUGAAGACGCAAUAAACUCGGGCUUGUAUGUCGAUAUUUCGAAAACAUCAUUGAACGACACUCUUGAGCACUUUGGGAAGACACCAUCUGAUGUGCGAUUUCCACAAGACAGAGCAACACCGCAUACAUCGGGCAUUACUAAACAAUGGUUCGCCGACAAUGGGUUUAACCUAGACGAAAUCAUGGAUUGGCCACCCCAAAGUCCCGAUCUUAAUCCCAUUGAACAUGUCUGGCAUCUCCUAAAGCUUCGUCUUAAUAAGUAUCCCACUAGGCCCUCUACAAAAGAAGAAUUAGAGCGGCGUAUUAACAUUCAGUGGUACAAAAUAGCAGAAAAAGAGUGCCAGAAAUAUAUUGAUAGUAUGCCUGCCUGA